AUGCGUGGAUUGAAUGACGUUGAGCAAGACAAUAAGCCGACGGACCAAGUGCUAGACAAAGCUCGCACCCAGCUCGAAGAGUCGAAACGCCUGUUCCUCACUCAACUCAGGAGCGAGCCCAAGGAGCGGCGAAGACGAACGCUAGAUGCAAUAAAGAGCGAAUCCGGGGAACGAGGGCGCGCAGCUUGGGAGGAGAUUGAGGAUGUGAUCAAGAGGCUUGAUGCAGAGGAUGUGGAGCGGCGUGGAACCCGGGGGUUUGUCGAAGGCGUUUGA